CUGCACUUCCCAACAGGCUGGAAUCCUCCCAUAGAUUCUGGAACACUACUAUCGACCACAAUACAUCGAGCAUCAGCACCGCGAUCAGUCUUGUUACAGCGACGUCUGGUGGUGAUGUUCAACCGUCAUGGACCUACCAUCGACCGACGGUGCACACGACCGCGGCGAUCCCCGUCAGCGCAACCGGUUCACAUGGCGCCGGCUGUGACCACCUUGCAGCCUUUUUCAUCUUCUUCCUCGGUGUAUACGCAUGGGACCGGUUUUGCUAG